AUGCACAGGCGACCUGGUAUCGCUGGGAUAAAAGAGCGGGCGCAAAUGCAAGCUAGGUAUGGGGAAAAGAGUAAACAAAUGGCCGAGGACGCCGCAGCGAAUCUUCAUCGCCAGUUAGAAACGGUUAAAUCGUCUUUGGAAUAUUUCGCAUCGAAAUACCAGUCCAAAAUAAGACAAGACCAUGCUUUUCGAACGGAAUUUCAAUCAAUGUGUGCUAAUAUUGGCGUCGAUCCUCUUGCAUCUAGUGAUGGAUAUUGGUCGAAGAUCUUGGGCAUUGGUGAUUUUUACUACCAUCUUGCAGUUCGUAUAAUCGAGGUUUGCAUGGCAAACCAGCGGAAAACUGCUGGUUUGAUGCCUCUUGAGGAGCUCAUCCUCGAAUUGAAUGAAACGAAGAGCUCUCGUGAGACCGACAUAUGUCAAGACGAUGUUGCAAGAGCCAUCAAGAAGCUCCAGUGUUUGGGGAAUGGUUUCAAAUUGAUAAGAUUGUCAGAUUCACGUCAACUGGUUCAGUCGGUUCCGGGAGAACUGAGUAUGGAUCAGACGGAAGUUUUAAAAUUGGCAGAAUCCCACGGAGCUCAUAUUAAUGUGCAACAGUGUAUGAAAAAUUUAGGAUGGACAGACGAACGUGCUCAUGCGGCCCUGGAUUAUCUAACUCAAGAGGGCAUGGCGUGGGUAGAUGAAAAUGAUGCCGAGCGUUCUUUCUGGUUCCCCAGUUUAUUGGGAACUAAGACGAAUUGCUAA